UCCUCUGCGGGUAAACAGACAUGGCCGGCGAGGGAGAUCCGCAGGACGCUGGGAACAACAUGGGGAAUCACUUGCCGCUCCUGCCCGCAGAGGAUGAGGAAGAAGAUGAAAUUGAAAUGGAAGUUGAAGACCAGGAUAGCAAAGAACCCAAGAAACCAAACAUCAUAAAUUUUGACACUAGUCUUCCGACAUCACAUACAUAUCUGGGCUCUGAUAUGGAGGAAUUUCAUGGCCGCACUUUGCACGAUGACGACAGCUGCCCGGUGAUUCCAGUCCUGCCCCAGGUGAUGAUGAUCCUGAUCCCUGGGCAGACCUUACCUCUUCAGCUUUUCAGUCCCCAGGAAGUCAGUAUGGUGCGGAAUUUAAUUCAGAAGGAUCGAACCUUUGCGGUGCUUGCCUACAGUAACGUGCAGGAAAGGGAAGCACAGUUUGGAACAACAGCAGAGAUAUACGCCUAUCGAGAAGAACAGGAUUUUGGAAUUGAGAUUGUGAAAGUGAAAGCAAUCGGAAGACAAAGAUUCAAAGUCCUUGAGCUCAGGACACAGUCAGACGGAAUCCAGCAAGCUAAAGUGCAGAUUCUUCCUGAGUGUGUGUUGCCUUCAACCAUGUCUGCAGUUCAGUUAGAAUCCCUCAAUAAGUGCCAGAUAGUUCCUUCAAAACCUGUCUCAUGGGAAGACCAGUGUUCAUAUAAAUGGUGGCAGAAAUACCAGAAGAGAGAGCACUGGGAGCCAUCCUGCCAGCAUCAGAACGUGGAGCGGAGCAGAGGGAAGGGACGGCGGAUGACACCGGUGGGAACCCCGCUGGCCCCGUCUCAGUGGGUCGUCCUGCUGCACCCGUAG